CAAGUUCAAGCUCUGCAAAACCCUUGUGGUUUCUCUGUAUGCGGAAAAUAUGGCAACGGCACUGAAUCGACUCUCGACAAAUUGUAUACUGGAGCUGCAACCAACCAUAAAGAUCUAUAUAGAACAACGUGCUAUAAAAGGCAAAAGGAUAGUACGAACACCCUCGAAACCAUAUUCCAAAUGCCGCCUAAAGGUAUCUGUCAUGGCUUGUAUUCAAAAUGAUGACACUGUAGGAGAAAUAACGAAGAAGAAGAAGAAGAACGCUCAGCCGCUUGAGUUGGAGACACUUCGAAGGCCUUUGUCUAUAACCGAUUUGCCCAAUUCAGUUAAUCAAGGAUCUCGUCUUCGGGUUGCAUAUCAGGGAGUUCAGGGUGCGUUCAGUGAAGCUGCAGCUGAAAAGGCAUAUCCGAAUUGCGAAGCAUUUCCUUGUGAACAGUUUGACACUGCUUUCAAUGCUGUUGAACAGUGGAUUGUUGAUAGGGCAGUUUUACCAAUUGAGAAUUCCCUAGGGGGGAGUAUCCACCGAAAUUAUGAUCUUUUACUUCAACACAGCCUGCAUAUUGUUGGGGAAGUAAAACUUGCAAUCAAACAUUGCUUAUUAGCCAACCAUGGUGUUAGACUAGAAGAUCUAAAAAGAGUUCUUAGCCAUCCACAAGCUCUUACUCAAUGUGAGAGCACACUAACAAAACUGGGAGUGGUCAGAGAAGCUAUAGAUGAUACUGCUGGUGCUGCCCAGCUUGUUUUUGUCCACAAACUCCAAGACACAGGAGCAGUUGCUAGUGCUGAAGCUGCAAGGAUCCAUGGCUUGAAUAUUCUUGCUAAAAAUAUUCAGGAUGAUUCUGACAAUAUCACUCGGUUUCUUAUGCUGGCAAGAGAACCUAUUAUCCCAGGCACUGAUCGACCAUUCAAGACAAGUAUAGUUUUCUCUCUAGAGGAGGGGCCUGGUGUGCUUUUCAAAGCUCUUGUUGUUUUUGCAAUGAGACAAAUCAACCUCACAAAGAUUGAGAGUCGGCCCCUGCAUAAAAAGCCUCUGCGUGCAUCUGACGUAAGCAAUAAUGGAUCUCCUAAGUAUUUUGACUAUCUUAUCUAUGUGGAUUUCGAAGCAUCAAUGGCUGAUCCCAAGUCACAGAAUGCCCUUAGGCAUCUUAAGGAGUUUGCAACAUUCCUGUGAGUGCUAGGGAGCUACCCAACAGACACUAGCCUGGCAUGACUGUCCUUCA